CCGAGCGAGGCGCGGCCGGCGGCCGGCCGAGGGAGAACUGACGCGGGGAGCUCCGGACGUGAGGCAUAGGCGGCGCCCUCCCCCGGCCCGCGCGCAUCCUGCCGCCUCCCCGAGCUAGGGUCGCGCGGCGCGGGGCCUACCGGCGGGCAUCGCGAGCCCUCGGCGCGCGCAGGGGCUGCUGCGGCCUCGCGGGCGUGGGCGGCCACCAUGGAGGUGAGCGGGCCGGAAGACGACCCCUUCCUGUCGCAGCUGCACCAGGUGCAGUGCCCCGUGUGCCUGCAGAUGAUGCCCGCCGCGCACAUCAACUCGCACCUGGACCGCUGCCUGCUGCUCAACCCCGCGGGGCACGCGGAGCCCGCGGCCGGGCCGCACCGCGCUGGGGAGCGGGCCAAGGGGCUCUCGCCGCCCGGCGCCAAGAGGCGGCGGCUGUCGGACAGCUCGGCGCUGAAGCAGCCGGCCACCCCGACGGCGGCCGAGAGCAGCGAGGGCGAGGGCGAGGAGGGCGACGACGGCGGCGAGACCGAGAGCCGGGAGAGCUACGACGCGCCGCCCACGCCUAGCGGCGCCCGCCUCAUCCCCGACUUCCCGGUGGCCCGCUCCAGCAGUCCCGGGAGGAAGGGCUCGGGGAAGAGGCCGGCGGCUGCGGCCGCGGCGGCGGGCAGCGCGUCUCCGCGCAGCUGGGACGAGGCGGAGGCGCAGGAGGAGGAGGAGGCGGUGGGCGACGGCGAUGGCGACGGGGACGCCGAUGCGGACGGCGAGGACGAGCCGGGCCGCUGGGAUGCGGACGCCGCCGCCGCCGCCGCCGCCGCCUUCGGGGCUAGCGGUGGGGGCCGCGCGCACGCCCGGGCGCUGGCGGCGGAGGAGAUUCGGCAGAUGCUGGAGGGCAAGCCGCUGGCCGACAAGAUGCGUCCCGACACGCUGCAGGACUACAUCGGGCAGAGUAGAGCCGUGGGGCAGGAGACCCUGCUCCGGUCCCUCCUGGAGACGAAUGAAAUCCCCUCGCUCAUCCUGUGGGGGCCGCCGGGCUGCGGCAAGACCACUCUGGCUCACAUCAUAGCCAACAACAGCAAGAAACAUAGCAUAAGAUUUGUGACACUGUCUGCAACAAAUGCCAAAACAAAUGAUGUGCGAGAUGUCAUAAAACAAGCUCAAAAUGAAAAGAGCUUUUUCAAAAGGAAAACCAUCCUUUUUAUUGAUGAGAUUCAUCGGUUCAAUAAAUCUCAGCAGGACACUUUCCUUCCUCACGUGGAAUGUGGAACAAUCACUCUGAUUGGGGCAACCACAGAAAACCCUUCUUUCCAGGUCAAUGCUGCUCUUCUGAGCCGCUGUCGGGUUAUUGUUCUUGAGAAACUUCCAGUAGAGGCAAUGGUGACUAUUUUAAUGCGAGCGAUCAACUCAUUGGGAAUCCACGUCCUAGACUCCAGCCGUCCCACUGACCCUCUGAGCCACAGCAGCAACAGCAGUUCCGAGCCCUCGGUGUUCAUAGAGGAUAAAGCUGUAGACACUCUGGCUUAUCUCAGCGACGGGGACGCCCGAGCUGGAUUGAAUGGACUUCAGCUGGCGGUGCUGGCCAGGUUAAGCUCUAGGAAGAUGUUUUGUAAGAAGAGUGGGCAAACCUAUUCUCCCAGUAGAGUUCUGAUCACUGAAAAUGAUGUGAAGGAAGGCCUCCAGCGAUCUCACAUUUUAUAUGACCGAGCAGGGGCCAGCCCGGUGGCACGGUGGUUAAGUGCCCACGCUCCACUUCAGUGGCCCGGGGUUUGCAGGUUUGGAUCCCGGGCACGCACUGAUGCACCACUUGUCAAGCCAUGCUGUGGCAGCGUGCCGUAUAAAGUAGAGGAAGAUAGGCAUGGAUGUUAGCCCAGGGCCAAUCUUCCUCAGCAAAAAAAAAAAAAAAGAAAGAAAAAGAAAAGAGGAUUGGUAUCAGAUGUUAGUUCAGGGCUGAUCUUCCUCACCAAAAAAAAGUUUUUCUAAAGCACAUUUCAUUGAUUUGUUUAAUUGACCUGUUUAAAAAAGUGGAGUUAGACCAAGUGGUGAGGGAGAAGGGCUCCAGUGCAUUCAGGCCGAGAGCUGUUGGUCCAUGUGUCAGUCCUGGGCUCCUGCCACACAGGUGUCCUCACUCCAGGUUUAAGUGACCACAGGCUUCAGAUACCAGAAAGGCAGCUGGAAAUGACACUGAGGAACAGAUGGGCUGUAACAGCUGUCCUUGCCACCUGGCUCUCUAUCCUAGUGGCAGGGUCAGUUUUCCUCAAGUUGACGGUGGGGCACACGUGGGGCCAGAACGUCGGAAUCCCUCUCCCUCCUCUCUCAGCUGUGGCAGACCCACUGAGAUCUAGGAGGACUGCCUUUCAAAGUGAACGUCUCCUCCCCUGGCCUGGCCUGUGCCCACUCCAUGUGGACAACCCCAGAUCUCCCAGCAGUCUACUGCAUGAAUGGGCCCACAGGCCCCGCAGGCAAGUGCGUGGGGCUGCUGCAGCAUCCCACACCAGUGGACUGCACCCUGCACUGAGCAGCCUGAGGACAGUUGGCCAACCUCACUCUCCUCAGGCGUUCCCAGGUCCCCUGUUGGUUCAGGCUUCUUGACAGUCAGCCAAGUGAAAUAAGCGGACGGCUCGGAUAACUCUCGGUGAGCUCUGUGGCUUCCUUCUUCCUGCCCGUAACGGAGCGGGUGCUUUUUGUGGU